AUGAAACCACUCACCCAGAAAGUUCUUCCAGAGAUUAAAUUGGAGCCCCAUGAAGUGGAUCAGUUCCUGAACCUCUCUCCUAAGGAAGCAGUGGAUCCCCUGCACUUGCCUCCCACCCCUCCGAGCAGCCAUGACAGUGAUUCCGAAGGGGCACAGAGCCCAGCUCGAUCACUCCCUCCUUCCAGCCCAGUGCAGCUCCAGGCCACGACUAAGGUUGUGUCGCGCACAGCUUCAGUGCUCUCCAAUUCCCCUCUCCUGACUGCACCACAUAAAUUACAGGGGACUGGCCCCCUCAUCCUGACAGAAGAAGAGAAGAGGACGCUGAUAGCAGAGGGCUACCCAAUCCCUACCAAACUGCCCCUGACAAAAGCGGAAGAGAAAGUUCUAAAAAAAAUCCGCAGGAAAAUAAAAAACAAGAUCUCUGCCCAGGAAAGUAGAAGAAAAAAGAAAGAAUACAUGGACAGUCUGGAAAAAAAAGUUGAGACCUGCUCAAAUGAAAACAGUGAGCUGCGUAAGAAGGUUGAAGUCCUGGAGAACACAAACAGAACACUUCUGCAGCAGUUGCAGAGACUCCAAGCCAUGGUUGCUGGCAAAGUGUCCCGCUCAUGCAAGGCAGCUAGCACACAAACAGGGACCUGUCUUAUGAUGGUGGUGCUGUGCUUUGCAGUAGUUUUUGGCAGCUUCUCUCAGAGCUAUGGGCCAUAUCCUUCUGCUACAAAGAUGGUGUUGCCCAGGCAGCAUUCCUCACCAGAGUCCUACACAGAUUCCAUUGUGAGGUCAAGGAGUCUACUAAUUUAUGAAGAGCCUCACCAACUGGAGGAGCCAUCAAGCCAGAUCUCCUUUGCAGAUCGCAAUGACAGGCAAACAGACACCUCCAAGUUCACAACACUGUCCCUGGAAGCUGUGUCAGGGACACAGCAGGAUGAUAUCAUGCAGUUCACAAUAGCCAACGAGACAAGGCUAGAGAAAUCAGUGCUUCUGGGCCUGCAGCAGCAUAGAGUCAACUCUGAACUAGAAGGAAAUGAAACACUGAAGAUAAUUGAAAUAGAUAGAAGAGUCAAUGCCACCUCUUAAAAAUAAAAAAGGCCUUUUUGCUUGACUUCCCUCUUUCCCACAUAUUUUCAACCAAAGUUCCCCUGACUUGUCAUUCUCAGUGAACCAAAGUACAAAAGAAAGGGAGUUCAACUUCUGCAUUGACUGGUGAGGCUGUGACUACGGAUGGGAUCUCUUGUCUUUGUAACUCCCUUCAUGUUGCACACAGUCCCUGUCUCUGCUUUUAUCUCUUUCCUGUCUAAAACUGCAAGGGGAGGAUUGAAUUAUGAUGGCAGAUGAUGCCAGCAGUGUGCCAGUGACUGGUGGGUGUGUGUGCACCUGUACAUGCAUACAGCCUGAUCUGAGCACAAAGACAUUCUGGAGAAGAAUUGUGUGAAACCAAUGGGAGCAUGUGGGUGAUAGGUUUCUUGGGAGAAGGUGAUUGAGAGUGAGAGGAGAUGCAGCAUGAUGGUGCUUAGAGUCUCACCACAGCUCUGUGCCUACUGGUCUACAGCACUUGAGCCUUUUUGGGGGGAUAGAAAAGCACAUGUGCAGCCUGCUUCUGAAGGGACAGGAAAGGGCCCUGACACUGCGGAGUUUACAGCACAGGCAGGAGAGGGCUGGUACAUGAUGCUACUGAAUUUCCUCCCCUAGCUCUCUUCUCCCCUGCAGUCUCUUAAUCCCUUAGCAGGGUAGGUUUCUCUCUGCAUUGAAAGCAGUCCUGGUAGGCUUCCCUGCUUCCACCCUUGAGAAAUUAAGCAAGGAUCAGUCACUGUCUUACCACACUCUGUGUGGGAGAAUUACACUAGUUUAACUAAAUCUGUUUAGAAAGCAGGUUUUGUUACAUUUAUGCAAUAUUUUAGAUGGAUGCCCUUUAGUCUGCUUAAGGCUAAUCUAUUUAGCUUAAGUCAGUUCCUUCCCAACAAACUAAAUCAAUGCAAGGCUUAAACCAGAAGUGCCUCCUGAGAGGACUAUAUGGAAUUAAUUUACUGGCUUCUAGCUGGUGGAUGAAAAUUCUUGUGUAGACCUGGUCUCAGAUUGUCUUGUGUUUUUCUUUCCUUGCCAUCUUCCUGUUACUGUUGUAAAUAGUAUUUAUUAGCUUAAAAAAAUUCUGUUCAGGCAGUUGCAAUGAAGAGAACUGAGCAUUCCUAACCCUGCAAGUGAUCUGGGCAGACCCUGGAAUCAGACACACAAACAGCUCUGAACACCCACUUCCUCCCCUUAUGCUUGAAUUGUCCUAAAAUAAAGCCAUGUGUCUUAUUUUCCUCUUA